GCUCUGCCGCGAGAGGGCGCUCUGGGCAGCAGGAGACGUGGCGCACCCGCGGCUCGUGGACUCCGCGCGCUCCCAGCGCCGCGUCCCACCCGGAUACCCUGCCGGCCUCGGAGUGGGGGCCCCACAUCCCCACCACGCUAGUCUCCCGACCCUGAAGGCCCUGCCUCGCGGCCCUCGGCCCGCAGUCGUCCCCGCCGGACCCCUCGCGGGACCCCCACCGCCGCCGCCGGCCGCGCCCGCCGCGCUCCCGCCCGGAAGCGCGGACUUCCGCCGCACGGUCCCGCGGGUGUCCACGCCGCCAUGCCCUCUCUCGGGGACCUGCUGCGGGAAUGGGACCGGGGCGCGCAGGCCGUAGCGCGCGGGGACUGGGACUGUGCCCUGCGCCUCUUCUCGGGCUACCCGGAGCCGUCCGCCAGGAUGUGCUUCAACGUGGGCUGCGUGCACCUGUUGGCCGGGGACCCGGAGGCCGCGCUGCGGGCAUUUGACCAAGCAGUGACCAAGGACACCUGCAUGGCUGUGGGCUUCUUCCAGCGAGGAGUGGCCAGCUUCCAGCUGGAGAGGUUCCAGGAGGCCCUGUGUGACUUCCGUCUGGCCCUGGCACAGCUGAGGGACAACACCGCCAUUGACUAUACACAGCUGGGCCUGCGGUUCAAGCUGCAUGCCUGGGAGGUGCUCUUCAACUUGGGGGCCGCACAGUGCCGCCUGGGUCUCUGGGCUGAGGCCACCCGCAGCCUAGAGGAAGCCCUCUCCAAGGGGUCAGAAGGGGCCCGAGACCACCUGUGCACUGCCCUGGACCAAGUGCAGAAACAGGUGCACCUGCAGCCUCGGCAGGGCCCCAGGGGUGAGGUCUUCCGGCCCCACAGGUGGCACCUGGAGCUCCUGGAACCAGUGGAUUUCCUGGGCAAGGCCAAGGUGGUAUCCUCUGCCUUCCCUGCCGGCCGGCAGGAGGACAUCCAGCCUCAGCAGCCCCAGGUUCAGGGUGCAGAUGGCAGCGCCAGCCCCGGAGCCACCCCACGGGCUGCAGUCACCGGGGCCUGGAAAACCCGCACCGCCUGUGGUCCCAGGAGGCCCCCCGAGACAGAGACACAGGUCGGCCCCGGGCAGGCGGGGCAGGCUGACCACCAUGCGCCCGUCCUCUCGGAUGAACAGAGGCCCAGUGUGGAACAAGUUGGCAAACAGGUUCCUCCAGGGCUGCGGGUGGCAAGGGAGCCAGACCCCGGCCCUUCUGAAGACCCCUCUCAUGCUGGGGGAGUGGCCGUGGGGGACCCUGACUCCUUGGUGACCCUCAUAGUGCAGUGUGCCUUCACACUGGCCCUGAAGGUCCCAAGAGGAGCUGACCUGUCCAGCCUGCGGACCCUGCUGAGCCAGGCCCUCCCCCACCAGGCCCAGCACGGGCAGCUCAGUUACCAAGACCCCAGCAACGAGGGGCGCUGGGUCCCCCUUGCUAGGGAGGAGGUGCUACAGAGGGCCUGGCGGGACAAGGCGGCCAGCCCUGGGGUCCUGCGGCUCCAGUGCCGGGGAGCGGGUGGCCGGCCUGUCCUCUACCAGGUGGUGGCCCGGCACAGCUACUCUGCCCAGGGGCCUGAGGACCUGGACUUACAGCCGGGGGACAUCGUGGACGUCCUGUGUGAAGUGGACCCGGCCUGGUUGGAGGGCCACUGUGAUGGCCGCAUCGGCAUUUUCCCCAAGUGCUUCGUGGUCCCAGCUGGACAGUACAUGUGAGGAGCCCAACACCCCCACCUGGAGCCCCACAUACCCCAAGCCCAGUGAGGAAAUCAGCCCUAGGAAGUCCCGUGGCAAGAAUGGUUUUAAUAAAGCAAUCUUCCCCCCA